CCCCUCCAUAAACAGUGGGCACGUCGUCAGGUGCAUCAUCAUAUGACCGAGUGUCAUGGCCGACUUCUGACUUCCUCAGACGCAGUCUUACCAAAAUUUCCCCGUGAUUUCGUGCGGAAAGCCACAGGUUUCUCUAGAUAAACAGGGAAUAGAUUCGCAGAGAUGAGCAGGGGAGAGUUUGGUGUGUAUGGCUCUGUAGAGUCAGGUGGUUUUGACCAGAGAGAUGGCCGGUAUGGUGCACCCAGGGCUGCCGGAUACCAGGGGGAUGGCUCCAACGAUGUCAACCGUCUGUGUGAGCUGACAAGCACCAACAUCUUUACCAUCUCCAACAAUGCCUCCUCCUUGGAGAAAACUCUGAAGCAGAUUGGAUCAGCCAAUGAUAGCCAUCAGCUCCGGGAGAGAGUCCACAACAUGCAGCAGCAGACCAACCUGUUAGUGAGUGAGACUGCCAGGUGUCUGAAGCAGCUGUCAUCGAUGACAAGGGGCGCUCCUAAGCCACAGAAGCUACAAGUGGACAGAUUAAGUAAUGAGUUUAAGCAGAGUGUACAGAGAUAUGGCAUCAUUCAGAAGAGAGUAGCGGAGCAGUCCAGAAUGAGCGUUGACAGCAUCAGGAGUCCCAGCAGGGCUUCACAGGGUUUCCUGGAUGAUGACUACGGUGAUGAGUCCACCAGCCUGCUGGAGGAGGAGCAGCAGCGCAGGAGGGUGGAGGAGUUACAGAGACAGGAGCAGGUCAUCGACUUCGAGGGGGACAUCAUCAGGGAGAGGGAGGAGAGAAUACGGGAAAUCGAGGCUGAUAUUCUGGACAUCAAUGAGAUUUUCAGGGACCUGGGUACCAUGGUACAUGAACAAGGAGAGAUGAUCGAUACCAUAGAGGCGAAUGUAGAGAAAGCCUACGGCAAUGUGGAAUCAGGGAACAAACAGCUGGAGAAGGCCAGCCAAUAUCAGAAAAAGGCAAGAAAGAAGAUGUGCUGUCUGUUGGUGGUGCUGCUUGUUGUGGGGGGCAUCAUUGCUCUUAUUGUUUACCUGUCCGUCAAGAAAUAGGUGGCACAUCCAAUGGCAUGGCAUGUAUGCUGUGGACAUAUAGACUAUUCUUCAGGGGACGAAACAAGUAUAUGAGGAUUUGGAAACAUGGAAAAUGCACAGAAAAAAUUUAUAUAAUUGUACUAUAUAGCAAGAAAUACAAAGUGUUAAGUUCUCCACGAUAUUACCAUGUUACCAUGCUCACUGUUUCUCUCUAUUAUGUAUACUGAAGAGUGAAGACAGACUCUGCUAAAAGCUAGAUUUUGCAUGUUUCAUUUUGUUAUUUGAAUUACUGGUCCUUACCCCAGUCCUUCUCAUAAUGUAAAUAGAAAAUGAAAACCAGUUAUCAUAUUCAUACAAACUAUGUAUGUCAAGUAUCCUGGCCCUAUAGUAUAAGGUUGUCGACAUUGGUUUGUUGUAAAGUUGCUUAAUGGUAAAUGAUUAGCUAUGAUAUUCUAAAUGCUGCAGAAAAAAAUGAAGUGUGGUAAAAAAAAUUUGCUUUGAGAUUUUAGAUUUUUUUCCCUACAAUCAAUUCAGUUUAAUCUUGUAUGAGCUUUCCCAAUCCAAACUUUGUGUUAAUAGUGCAGAAUGUGAUUAUGAAGGCUAAUUAUGACAGUGUGAGAAAUGGAAAUAUGAAUUAUUCUUUGUGAUACAUCUUUUGAUGUGAAACUUUUGCUGUGGUGAUAUGCACUGCAAAAUCAAGAUAAUUGAUAUCUGUUUUCAAUUUAUUACUAAUUGUUGUACCGAAUUGCUUCAACAGUUACUGUAAUAUGAUACACAAGAAAACCUUUUCCCUCCUCCUACAAAAUACCUGGUAAAACCACAGCAAAAGUAAAUGAAUUCACAGUAGUUCUUGCUAUCAGACAUUCAAUACUUUUGGCUGGAUGUCAGCCAAGGUCAUUUCUCCAAACUUGAUAUGUAAGACAAAUCUGUCUUAUUUUAGUCAAUAAAGUUUCUUCAAGUAGCCAAUUUAUACUCAGUACCAUCAGACGACCUUUUGCUGCUGACAGUUUUGGCAGGAGUGCCGUGUUAUGACACUGACAAAUCAUUGCCAUGCUGUAUUACAUUAUUUUUCUUUGAAGAAUGUGUUAUAAAUAUCUGGCAUCAUACCUUUUUGUUCCAACAUUGUACAAAACAAUGUAAUGGUACAUGUGCAUGGAAAUCAAGGAUACAUGAAGAUAGGCAAGUAUAUUCUAUGGAUGGCAAUGCCAAGCAGCCUCCAAAUCUAAUACGAGCGUUAUGAAAAAAGGAUGAAAGAAAGGUUAUAAGUUUACAACUUCAAACUAGAGACAAUUUGAAGUGACUAAACAUGGUAUCAUGGUAUCAUACCCAAGAAGUCUUCUGUUUCUGCUUAGUGUAGAAAGUGACACUAGUGUGAUAGCCUUUUAUCACUUACCAACUACAUUGUAUAUGUACACUCAAGGUUACCAAUAUGAUUGUAAGUACUGUACAAAACACACAAGGCAUCGCAGGAGGGGAUCAAUUUUUUUAAAAUUUUAAACCAAGUAAAAGUCACUGCUUGAUCUGAUCUAUAAGAUGCACUUACUGUGGUCAUAGGUGCACAAAAAUGAAGACAAGACUUCCUGCUGAAAAUGCCUUGUAAAGUAACCUUGAAACUGGAGCCCCUAAAGUGACACAUCAACAGAAGCGAUCAAUAGAGACCUAUCCAUUUUCCUGAUGGCUAAUUUAUUCAAUCUUUCAGACCCAGUGGAUUUUACUAGAAAACAUCUUGUGUUUCCACAUCGGUGCUUUUUACAUCCUUUACGUAUGAAGACUGUCAGGGAGAGGGCAUUAAAUUGACCUGUGUUUUAUAGGUGUCGUAAUAUCACACUGUGCAUUUAAUGACGAUAUCAUAUGAAGGAAUGCUUAGUUUAAUAUGAAUUGUUCACGCUAUGCAUAUUGGGACCAUACCUGUUCAAGGCCAACAUUUUCCACUCGGAUGGUCGUAACUGCUAUGUCUUAAAACGAGGAGGGACAUUUAUGCAUGCAGAUGAGUAUUAAAACAUUAUAUGGUUCAACUGCUGAUAGUGGUGUAU